GAUUCUGAGGUGGCUGUGGAGCUACAAGUAUCAGAUCUUGAUUUAGAAUCAGCGAUGCCUGAUGCUCCAGCUACUUCAACUACUCACUCUGGUGAUGACAUGAGGAUGGAAGACCUACAGGAGGAAGAAGAAUUAUCAAAGUUCUUUCAACAUGGAUGUGGUUGCUCAGAUAAUUGCUAUGCACUGUUCAGUCACUCUUACAUAAAAACAUAUAGAUGUGACAUACAAGCCAUGGCAAAGCCUGUUCAAGAAAUUGCUAUUAUGAGUCAAAUGGCAGCAACAUCUACCAUGGGGGGAUUGUCGACUGGCAACCACAGGAGACAGAAAGAGGCAAUUUUUUACGUUCAUGCAUCAAGGUCAUAAGAUAUGUAGAGUAACAUUUCUGAAGCUACAUGCAUGUGGCAAAAGCAGGUUUGAGGAAAUCAUGAAAAAGUACAGAAUAAAUGGAUUAAUACCAAGGUAUGAGACUUACAAAUUCAAUGUUAUGUACUUAACUUUAUUAGAGUUCACGGAAAUGCUGGAAAGACACCAAACCAUUCUUUGACUUAUGAUGAUAUUCUCCGGGUUGUUGCUUUUAUCAGAAAUUACGCUGAAGUCCAUGGAAUCAGUCUUCCUGGAAGAAUACCUGGAAUGAAAAGUUACGAGAAUAAGAAGUUCUUACCAUGCAGUACAUCUAAAAGGCAGGUAUACUUAGAGUAUGCGGAAUCAUGUGAAGGGCUUUAUGUCAAAGCAUGUGCUGAAACAACAUUCAACAUGUUGUGGCGACGCUACCUGCCAUAUAUUGAAAAAAUGAAGCCUAUGUCUGACUUGUGUGCCACUUGUAAAGAGAUAAGUGGACUGAUUAUAAGAAGUGCUAACAUGCAAUCAGAUGAAAGGAUAACUGAGGCAAUGCAAAAGGCACUAGAUCACAGAAGUCUUGUUAAAAAGGAAAGGGAGUACUAUAAGGAUGUAUUAAAAGAGGCAACCGCACAAUUAUUGUUAAAAGGGCUGUAUACUGAUGCAGCAAACAAUUACAAUCCCCCACUAACAAGGCCACUUGCUAUGUUAAAUAUUGUAGCACAUUAUAGCUUCGAUUAUGCUCAACAGGUUCACUAUCCUUCAAGUCCACUACAAGCAGGUCCAAUUUAUUUUCUUACUCCCAGGAAAUGUGACAUAUUUGGUGUGUGCUGUGAAGCUAUCCCUCAGCAGGUUAAUUUCUUGAUCAAUGAAUCAUUCGACACUGGUAAAGGGGCAAAUCCUGUCAUAAGCAUGGUACAUUUUUAUUUAAAGAAUCAUGGCCUCAACUCAGUCAGUAUCCAUUUCAAUGCUGACAACUGCACAGGGCAAAAUAAAAAAAAACAGUUAUUAAGUAAUACCUCUUAUGGAGAGUCAUGA